UCCUCCUUCUGCGGCGGCACAUCAGCAGUAAUGAGGCUCGGCGAUGUCCUUGUGUCUCUCACACUCGGAUAGGACGACGGACCCGGACGCCCUCACCUCAUUUGGACCUUUUUGUUGUGGUUGUUGUUAAAAAGGAGGAAGGUAACUCCCUUCUGAACGCGCCGCAGUGAAGCUGAGAGGAUGAACAGCAUUCACACUCGAGUGAAAAGCAAGCGGACGGAGGCUCACCUCGGAGCCGAGAGGGAUCAUUUUGACAAGCAGCAGCUCAGCAGCAUCAGCAAAGCCAUCACCUCCUCGGAGACGCCAGUGAAGGAGAAACAUGCCCGACGAAUCAUUCUGGGAACACACAGAGAGAAGGGAGCCUACACAUUCUGGUCUUAUGCUCAGGGUUUCCCUCUGGCCAGCAGCUCUAUCCUGUGCUGGAAGUUCUGCCACGUACUGCACAAAAUACUGCGAGAUGGGCACCACAAUGUUUUACAAGACUGUAUGAGACACCACAGUUCUCUAGUUGAAAUUGGAAAACUGUGGGGCCACCUACAUGACAAGUAUGGACAGCUGGUAGGUUUAUACACCAGGCUGCUUUGCAAAAAACUGGAGUUUCAUUCCAAGCAUACAGACAUCCCACCAAACCUGGAGGUCACAGAUGAAGUUCUGGAGCGGACUGCAGGAACAGAUGUUAAUAAUGUGUUCCAGCUCACCGUGGAGGUGUUUGAUUACAUGGAUGCAGAGCUGCGGCUGGCUGAGACAGUGUUACGUCAGCUGAACUCGUCCAUCGCCGUUACCAGUCUCACAUCAGGUCAGUGUCGCCUGGCUCCACUCAUCCAGGUCAUCCAGGACUGCAGCCAGCUCUACCACUUCAAAGUCAAGCUGCUUUUCAAGCUGCAUGCCUGUCUCCCUGCCGAUACCUUACAAGGACACCGCGAUCGUUUCCGUGAGCAGUUCAACAGCCUUAAGAGCUUCUUCAAUAAAGCCAGAGAGAUGGUGUACUUCAAGAGACUGAUCCAGAUCCCCAGACUCCCUGAUUCUCCACCUAACUUCCUCCACGCAUCUGCACUGGCCAAACACGUGAAACCAGUUGUGGUCAUCCCUGUUGACGAUGAACCAGAGCAACAAGAUGAUGAUGAUGAUGACCCUGAGCCGCUCAUUGAGGUCUACGAUGCCUCGACAUCAAACAUUCAGAUGCAGCCACAGCAAAUGGACAUAUUUGAUCAGGCAUUCGGACCACCAAAUGGAGGCUUUGAUGACAGGGAUCUGCAGAUCGAAAGCCUGAAGUCGGACCUUGAGCUGGUGAAAGCAGAGCUGGAUAGAGUCAAAGCAGAGGCCCAGCGCUACGUCACACAGCUCAAGUCCCAAAUCAACAGUUUGGAGGCAGAGUUGGAGGAGCAGCGUGUGCAGAAACAGCGUGCUCUCGUGGAAAAUGAGCAGCUGCGUAUGGAGCUGGAGGCGACUCACAUCCGGAACGCAGAACACGAGAGCUUACAAACCACCUACUUCGAAGCAGAGAAACGGGCCCAGGCCUCAGAGCAACGGUACAACAUGCUGAAAGAAAAGCACACAGAGCUGGUGGGCAGCCACGCUGAACUGCUCCGCAAGAGUGCAGACACUGUGAAGAUGCUGUCGGUGACUCAGCAGACCCAGGAGGAAGUGGAGAGGACCAAACAGCAGCUGUCCUUUGAGGUGGAACAGAUAAAACAGGCGGCUGAUCUGAAGUUGGAGGAGCAGAAAUUUGAGGUGGAGAGGUUGAGGAGAGAAGUGGAGGAGAAGAUGGCAGAGGUGACUCGUGUCAAGGCGACUCUUCAGAGCAGCGAGAAGACGUCAGAGCAAACGAACAGCUCAAUGACAGCUCUGCAGGCGGAGAAGGAACGUUUGUUGCGAUCUGUGAGUGAGAAGGAGGCGGAGCUGUCGUCUCUGCGGCAGGCGUCGCAGCUGCAGCAGUCGACACUUCAGCAGGAGCGAGACCGGAGCAGCAGGGAGGUGGGAGAGCUGCAGGGCAAACUGAAUGAGAAGACUAGUCAAGAAGAGCUGAUGAAGAAGAAGCUACUGGAAGAGCAGUUUGCUCUGCUGCAAGGCACCAUAGCAGAAGCUGAGAACAUCAUCCAAGAUGCUGUGGCCAAGCUGGAUGAUCCCCUCCACAUACGCUGCACCAGCUCUCCAGAUUACCUCAUUAAUCGAGCAGAAGCCACUCUAAGCUCCAUCGAUAAAGUGAAAAAGGGCCAUGCAGAUUAUCUAAGCAAUAUGGCGGAUGCUGGAGGGCUGCUGAGAGCUCUGACCCAGUUCUCCCACUUGACCGCAGACACAAUUGUUAAUGGCAGCGCCACUGCACACAUGGCACCCACUGAUCAUGCAGAUCGACUGACAGAAAAUUGCAGAAGCUGUGCCACAGAGAGUCUGCAAUACCUGAAGGACUUGAAGUCAAAAACCACCCUCCAGAAAGCAGACCCAGGUUUUGUUCGCAUUAUUGUACAGAGGAUCCUAUAUUUGGGCCAGGAACUGAGGCCUAAAGGAAUGGACAUCCGUCAGGAAGAAUUGGGAGAUAUGGUUGAAAAGGAAAUGGCAGCAACAUCAGAAGCUAUUGAAGAGGCUGUACGCAGAAUUGAUGAAAUGAUGAAUCAGGCACGCAAAGACACAUCAGGAGUUAAACUGGAGGUCAAUGAAAGAAUCCUCAAUAGCUGCACAGAUUUGAUGAAGGCCAUCCGUAUGCUGAUCGUAGCAUCCACAGACCUGCAGAAGGAGAUUGUUGAGAGUGGGAGGGGUGCAGCCAGCAUUAAAGAGUUUUAUGCCCGAAACUCCCGUUGGACUGAGGGACUCAUCUCUGCUGCCAAGGCUGUGGGAUGGGGAGCCACAGAGUUGGUAGAGUCUGCUGAUAAGGUGGUGCUGCACACAGGCAAAUAUGAGGAGUUGAUAGUCUGCUCUCAUGAAAUCGCUGCAAGCACGGCACAGCUGGUCGCUGCUUCAAAGGUUAAGGCUGAUCGCAGCAGCACUAAGCUGACUGUUCUCCAGCAGGCCUCUCGUCGUGUCAAUGAGAUGGCUGCUAACGUGGUGGGCUCCACCAGGUCUGGCCAGGAGAACCUGGAUGACAAAGACCCCAUGGACUUCUCUGGGAUGUCUCUGAUCAAGCUAAAGAAGGAAGAAAUGGAGUCACAGGUGAAGGUGUUGGAACUGGAAACUCAGUUGGAGAACGAGCGUCUGCGUUUGGGUGAACUGAGAAAGAAACACUACGAGGUGGUGGGAGUUCCUCUAGAGCCGGUCUCUGAGGGGAACGAUGACACCUUGCUGGUCCAACCUCUCCGUCAGGGCACCAUGUCGUCGCCAAAACCCAGCAAGCCUGCUGUCUUCAAGAAACCUUCAUUGGCUCAAAAACCCAAUAUCCCACCCAAAAACAUGUUUAAGUAAAGGAUGGAGCAGAGGAUGGAAGAAGCUUCACUACAAGAUGCCUGAACUUUGUGA